AUGGCACCCAUCUUCAACAUCACCAACGAGGCUUCCACCGAGAAGUACCUCGCAGCCAACAUGCCACUCAUCGCCAAUGCCAUUGUUGAGGCAGUCAAGAACAAGACCUCCAACAUCACCGCUUCCACUAGCGAGAUGGUUAAGCGAGUCGCCAACAAGGCCACCCACGAAGCCUACUGUGAGUUGAACUUCUGCCACGACAAACCUCCCACGCAUCCCGCCAAGAACGUCACCGUUGUUUUCGGCAAAUGUGCCGAUGACGGCUUCAACCAGUACGGAUGCGAUGCUUCCGGCAAGCCGUUCAAACACCCAAUGAUCCGAGCUGUCGCUCCCAUCAUCGAGGACCUUCUCAAGCGGGCUAGCAAGGCUGCCAAUGACAUCAAGUGUCAAUUCAAGCUGUGCGACGACAACCUCCACCCAAGUAAGUACAUCGGAAUGCACUCCACUGAUGUCUUCGGCAACUGUCCUCAAGAUGGAGAGUUCUACCAAUUCGGAUGCGAUGCUUCGGGAAAGCCGUACAAGCAUGAGCAUCUUGCCGGCAGAUCAUUGCAAACCGUCCUUGCCGAUGAAGCUUUGGCCACCCAACACCACUCCGAUGAUGGCAAGUCGAACAUCACUCAGAUGCUCUUCAUUCUUCUUGUUGCCGUCGUUGCAUUCAUUGCCAUGUUCAUGUUGUAUGGCAAGGUCAAGAAGAUUUUGGGAGAGCGCAAGGAGCGCAAGGCGGGUCGGGAUCUUGCUCAAAUGGAGGACGGUAUUCCGGAGAUGGCCGUCAUUGUUGUCGAGGAGGAGGAGUAUUCUGACUUCGUUUGA